AUGAAAUUAUGGGAAUUAGAGUCCUUUUUGCAGGAUCACAUUCAAAACUUCCAAAAACCGAAAAUUAAAUUGGAGCAAUACAUAACAACUCCACACUUGGCCUCUCAUACAUUGUACACUGCUCAAUUUUCUUUUGAUGAUAUUGAAGGAAAGGAAGUUUUGGAUUUGGGAAUCGGAACAGGAAUGCUUGGAUUGGGAGCUUGUUUACUUGAAGCAAAACAUGUGACUGGAGUUGAUAUUGAUGAAGAUGCAUUGAAUAUUUGUCGUGAAAAUGUUAAAAGUAUUAUUGAUGAUGUUGAUGAAGAAAUGGCUCAACAUUUUACUUAUCGUCUUGAUCUAAUUCAAAGUGAUGUUUUGCAAUUUGAAAGAAUGAUAAAGAAUAGAGCUCAGAAAUUAAAGGACAAGUAUAAAAAAAUUGAGGAUGGAUAUAGAUUAUUCGAUACUGUAUUAUUAAAUCCACCUUUUGGAACAAGAAUUAAGGGUGCUGAUAUGAUGUUUUUGAAAGUGGCGUCUGAGUUGACAAGAAAUGCUGUCUACAGUCUUCAUAAAACAAGUACAAGAGAUUAUGUCACACAAAAGGCUGCCAAGUGGGGAUUUGAAGUUAAGGUUGUUGCUGAAUUAAAUUAUGAUUUGGAAGCUUCCUAUUCAUUCCACAAAAAGAAGUCACAACAAAUUCAAGUUGAUUUGAUUAGAUUAAAGAGAAAGAAAUAG